AUGUUAAAGCUCUUAGGAAAAUGGAAUGAUAGUAUUGCUAAUGUUAUCUUAGAGAAAGCUCCGGAAAAUGCAAAGUAUACGUCACCCGAAGUUCAAAAGGAAAUCCUACAUAUUAUUGGUAACAUGGUCAGAAAUAAAAUACGUGAUGAAAUUGGUGAUUCCAAAUUUUGUAUUUUGGUGGAUGAAGCGAAGGAUAUAUCUAACAAGGAACAAAUGGCUAUAAUUUUUAGAUUUGUAGAUGUCAAUGGUGUUUUGCGGGAACGUUUUUUCCAAAUUGUGCAUGUUAAUGAUACAACAGGUGCAACACUUAAGAAAGAAAUAUGUAAUAUCCUCACUAGAUAUAAUCUAGAAAUUAAUAAUAUGCGAGGUCAGGGAUAUGAUGGUGCUAGCAAUAUGAGUGGUAUUUUUAAUGGUUUGCAAGCUCUAUUUCUUAAAGAUUUCCCUUAUGCGUAUUAUGUGCAUUGCUUUGCCCAUCGACUACAACUAGCAUUAGUUACUACUGCUGAAAAGGAGAUAUCUAUAUGGCUUUUCUUUUCGAAUCUAACGACUAUUAUCAAUCUUAUUACAUCUUCUUCAAAACGUAAUACUGAGUUACAGUCAGCUCAAGCUAAUGAAAUUGCUCUUUCUAUUACUGAUGGUGAACGUGAGCUUGGACGAGGAGCUAACCAGAUUGGUAAUUUACAACGACCAGGAACUACUCAUUGGAGUUCCCAUUUUGAUUCUAUUUGCAGCUUGAUAGAUAUGGAUGAUGCAACUAUUAAUGUGCUUGAAAAUAUUAUCAAAGAUGGUUCCUCUAUUUCGAUGCGUGGGGAAGCUGGUGGAUCUUUAAUAGUGAUGAAGUCUUUUGAUUUCAUUUUUAUUUUGCACUUAAUGCAUAAAAUUAUGGGGAUCACAAAUUUGCUUAGUCGUGACUUACAAAGAAAGUCUAUUGAUAUAUUAAAUGCAAUGAAUUUGGUAUUUUUUACUAAAGCACUUCUCUUGAAUUUAAGAAAUGAUGGGUUUGAUAUUCUUCUUUUGAAUGUCAUAUCAUUUUGCACAAGAUUAGAUGUUGAUAUACCAGAGAUGAGUGCUCGUUAUAAGAAAUAUAGUCGUUCAUAUGUACAAAAGGAUACCAUCACAGUUGAGCAUCACUUUCAUUAUGAUAUAUUCAAUGCUGCAAUAGAUUUUCAGUUGGAAUAG